CUCUUGUUCUGGUUCUGGUUCUCUGGUCCUCCUGCAGCCUCUCUCUCCUCUCACUGCUCUGUUUCUUCAGAGGAGGGACAGGUACAUCCUCACCUCAGGCCCCGCCCCCAGACUCUCACAAUACAAGCCUAUUUGAUUUAUUAUUACAAAUAAUUUAUUCAAUUGAUUAAAAUGUCUAAUAAUUGUUUUUGUUUUACAACCUAAAACCAGAGCUGCUCCACACACUGAUUACACAGUGUGUGUGUGAGUGUGUGAUUAAAGAGUGUGUGAUUAAAGAGUGUGUGUGUGUGUGUGAGUGAGUGAUUAAAGAGUGUGUGUCCAGGUGGGUGUGAUCACUCAGCUGUGUGUCGUCAGUGAGACAGGAUGCUGUCUGUCUGCCUGCUGUCUGUCUGCCUGCUCUGCACUCUCUCAGGUGUGACUCUGAAUGAAACGGAUCCUCAUCACUUCUCCGGACACUUUGGAUUUGGAAACGUGUCGGGGCUGCGCUCGUUCCCCCCCGAGCAGCAGCAGGAGUCCCGGAUCAUCGGGGGGGACGAGGCCUGGAUGAACUCCUGGCCCUGGCAGGUCUCCCUCAGGUUCGCCUCCAUGCCGGCCUGCGGGGGGGCUGUCAUCGCCCCCCUGUGGGUGGUCUCUGCCGCGCACUGCUUCAGGAGGUACAACAAGGCCUCAUUCUGGACCGUCCUGGCAGGGAAACACGACCUGGACAACGACCGGGAGCCGGGACAGCAGCUGGUGGGGGUCUCCAGGAUCCUGGUCCAUCAGGACUACGACCCGCGGACUAAAGAGAGAGACGUGGCUCUUCUUCAGCUGAAGAGUCCGCUCGUCUUCAACACCUUCGUCAGACCCAUUGACGUCUGGAUGUUCCCGCUGUCCCCCCUCAGGAAGUGCACCAUCACGGGCUGGGGGUCCACCAGAGAGAAUGGUCCUCGGGUGAACCGGCUCCAGGAGGUGAACGUCACCAUCCUGUCCCCAGAGUCCUGCAACCAGUUCUACCUCGGGAGGAUGCGUCCCUCCAUGUUCUGCGCCGGGAGGCCCGGAGGGGGGGCGGACGCCUGCCAGGGAGACUCUGGUGGUCCUCUGUCCUGCUUCACUGGCAGCCGGUACCAGUUGGCGGGUCUGGUGAGUUGGGGGGUCGGCUGUGGACGGGCCAGGAAGCCGGGGGUCUACACCAAACUGCAGACCCACACCCAGUGGAUGAUGGACCUCAUGAGUGAUGAGCACCUGCUGUCUGCAGACCAGGUCUCUGAGGAGGACAUCUGUGGGCUGGGCUCCGGCUGUGGGGGGGUUCCAGGCCACGCCUCUCUCUCAGUGGCCCAGGAUGGGGGGAUCUCAGUGGGGAACGUCUCGGAGGUCUGUCCCUCCUCCUGGCCCUGGCAGGUCAGCCUGCAGAGUGAGGGAUACCAUUACUGCAGCGGGACCCUGGUCCACAGGGACUGGGUCCUGGUCCCCCAGCACUGCAACGUCAGAGCUCAGGAGGACGUGGUGGUUCUGGGGGUCCACGGCCUCCGGUUCUCCUCCUCUCAGACGGUCCCAGUGCAGGAGGUUCUGAGCCUCCCUCGGGACGGCAGCUUCCCCCCCCGCUCCGACCUGUCCCUGCUGCGCCUCAGACGCUCCGCACGACUCAGCUCUGAGGUGUCUCCGGUCUGUCUCCCGGACGAGGACGAGGACCUGGACAGCAGCUGGUCCUGUGUCACCACCGGCUGGGGGGCCACCAAGGCUUCAGCGGCGGUGGAUCCGGAACGGCAGCACCAGGCCAGCCUGACUCUGGUGAACCUGACCUCCUGCCGGCAGCAGUGGGGGGGGGACCUCGUCACGGACUCUCAUAUCUGUGCCCAUCCUGCCGGCUCCGCCUCCUGCAUGGGCGACCGCGGGGCGCCGCUGUUCUGCCGGAAGCGAGGCGCCUACUUCCUGUUUGGCGUGUUGACGUGGGGCAGCCGGCGCUGCGACGCAGAGCGACCCGCCAUCUUCUCCAGGAUCACAGACUACCAUCCCUGGAUCUCUGAGGUCACACAGGACCUCUGAGGUCACCCUGGACCUCUGAGGUCACACAGGACCUCUGAGGUCACCAAGGAUCUCUGAGGUCACCCUGGACCUCUGAGUGAUGACGGAAAUAAAAAUACUUUCACGUA